UGCACCGAGCAAAUAAAAUUAAUCGGUGAGUAAGAAAGAAAAGGAAAGGCAAGCUCCAACUGCAAAUUGCAGGCUGCUCCCCAAGGACCCCAACUCAAUCCCCCGCGCCGCCGCCGCCGCCGUCGGCGGAAGCGACCGACCCUGCCCCCUCGCCGGAGAAUCCAACCCCCAGCGUCGUCUUCGCCUCAGGUUUGUAUGAAUGGCAGAUGACAAUAUGGUCACUGGAGUGUCACCUGUGGCUGAUGAAUGGGAUAUGCCACCUCUGACUUCAUCAGUAUAUGCCAGCCCAUUAUUCCGAAAAGGAUUGGAUCCUAUUAAUUUGCCUGGAUAUGGGGAUGUGAAGAAUAGUCAGGAAGGCACACAUACUGGAUUAGUCAUGUCAGAUGGCUUUGUGUUCCCUCCAAGCGAGCAUGAGAAUUUGCCAAUAGAUCCUGAGCAUGAGAUUUUGCCAAUAGAACCUGAGCAUGAUGAAUCAAAUACAAACAGUGAUGGUAAGGAAGGUAGUUGUGCUGGGAGUAACGAUGAUGAGUGGUGCCAUGUAUCACCUGAAGAAGUUGAUGGCAUGAGUAAUGAGAAUCUAUCUAUCAACAGCGACUUGCCUACCGACAAUGAAUCUCCUUUACCAGAUUCCAACCCCACAGAUCACAUGAACUGCAAGGCUGAUCUUCCUUGUGAAGGAUGGUGGAAAAGGAAAUCCACUUAUCUGUUUCACCAUAUAAAGGGAGUGACUACAGUCUGCUCAGUUGUGGCAGCUGGUGCCGUUGUGGGUUUUGUCGUAAUGAGUCAGAGGUGGCAGCAGGACCAUUUGCACCUUCAUCAAUUUCAGUUCAGUGUCAACGGUGAGAGCAUGAGUCGAGUCAUUGGAGCAUUCAGCCGUUUGAAGGAUGGGCUUCCAGGUAGUGAACAGCUUAGGUCUCUGCUGCCAACUCGCGUACUCCCGCAGCAGCCGCUUAGCGCUUGAGCGCAACAGGCGCAGGAAUUUGGUGUUAGGGACUGCUUCUAGUGGCAAUUUUUUUUUGCUCAUGAUUUUGAGACAGUGCAAUUCUUUCUUGUGCUAGUACAACCGUUUGAUUUUAUCCUUCUGUAAAUUUAUGGUUGAGAUUUCCAUGGCACUGAAAUAUUACUCUUCGUAGUCUGUAGCAACUGUAAAAUACAUGGUGGGAAAACACAUAGUAUGGGGCACUUCGAAUAUCUGUAUCGAACUGGCUAUCAUGUUUUCCUAUGUUCAAUGGCAUGCGCUUGUAUUUU